GCCUGGCGGGGAGGUGGCGAGAUGGCGGCGGUGGCGUCGCCGCGGCUGGACCCGUUACGCGUGGGCUUUGUGGGCGCCGGACGUAUGGCGGAGGCCCUGGCGCAGGGCUUCAUCCGAGCAGGAAAAGUCGAAGCUCAGCACGUACUCGCCAGCGCACCAAGUGACAGGAACCUCUGCCACUUCCGGGCUCUGGGCUGCCAGACCACCCACUCCAACCAGGAGGUUGUGCAGAACUGCCAGCUGGUCUUCUUUGCCACCAAGCCCCAUGUCCUGCCAGCUGUCCUGGCAGAGGUGGCCCCUGUGGUAACCACUGAGCACAUCUUGGUGUCCGUGGCUGCUGGGAUCUCACUGAGUACCCUGGAGGAGCUGCUGCCCCCGGCCACACGGGUGCUGCGCAUCUCCCCCAACCUGCCCUGCGUGGUUCAGGAGGGCGCUGUGGUGAUGGCCCGGGGCCGCCACGCUGGAGGCCGCGACGCCCAGCUCGUGCACACCCUGCUGGAGGCCUGUGGGCAGUGCGAGGAGGUGCCCGAGGCCCACGUGGAUGUCCACACCGGCCUCAGUGGCAGCGGCGUGGCUUUCGUGUGUGCCUUCUCCGAGGCCCUGGCCGAAGGUGCCAUCAAGAUGGGCAUGCCCGGAGGCCUGGCCCACCGCUUUGCUGCCCAGACCCUGCUGGGCACAGCCAAGCUGCUACUGCAGAACGGGCAGCACCCAGCGCAGCUUCGGACAGACGUGUGCACGCCGGGUGGCACUACCAUCUACGGGCUCCACGCCCUGGAGCGGGGCGGGCUGCGGGCGGCCACCAUGAGCGCCGUGGAGGCUGCCACCUGCCGGGCCAGAGAAUUCAGCGGGAAGUAGGGAAGGGGCCCUGGACAUGGCUGUCCCCAGGCCCUCCUUCCGUGCCCCUUCCCUCCCGGCAGGAGCCUCCUGGGCUGGCCCGUCCCCUCAUAAGGACAUGAGGUCAGGACUGGAGGUUCACAGGUGGGGUCCCGCUCAUCUGUAGGACCCCUCCCCCACCUUGGGGCAGAGAGCACCGUGGCGGUGGCCCCUUUUGUGGGUGACCUGGGUUCUGAGGGCCUGAGUGUCGGGCGGUGGUCGGCUGGCUGGUUGAGGCAGGAGCCAAGAAGCCGGGUGCGCCCUUCCGGCAGCUGUGUGACUGCUGCCAGCUGGGGGCGGGGGGUGACACGGGGACUGCACAAGAGACCUGCUUCCUCAGCGAAGCCAGUCACAUCAUCUUGUCCCCGGGUUGACCUGCUAUGAGGUGGGGCCACCCAUAGGGAGCUGGGCCUCGAACCUGCCAGCCCCGAAGAAGAGAGCGGGGCCGGCUGCCCUUGCCCUGGCUGAAGAGGAGCUGAACCCAGGCCUUUCCCUGGGGAGCACGGGCACGGAGCCCCCGCAGGCGGCCUCAGUGCUCCAGCCAGCAGCGGGCUGGGGCAGGCCGGGAGGGUGGGCCCAGCCAGCUGCGGGAUGGAGACUUGGCUUCAGCUGGCUGUGGGCCCCCAGCCCCAGCGGAGCUCCUGGCAAGUGGCAGGAUCUGGGUGAUCUGCCGGGUGACCCUUCCCCGGGUUGGCCUGGAGGGUCUCAUGGCCUGGCCUCUGACUGCAGGACAUUAGUUUUCCGCAUGUCCCUGAAUGGAGCUGCCAGCCAGGAGAGCCAGGAACUCGGGUCCCACACUGAGGCCGGGCUGCCUGCACCCUGCUCGCACUGCCCUCCUCCCCAAGGCCCUGGGAGUGCUGGAGUCCCCUCCCUCCCCCAGUGGCCUCCUGACACUGCCAGCCGCCGGGUGCAGCUAGCUAGCUCUGCCACCUGCCGGCUGAGAUGAAGCAGACCAGUCCUGUCAGUAGAUGGCUGCCCCUGCCCUCCACCCUCGGCCUCCCACCUGUCCGCCCCAAACCUGCCGCCAGCCCCCCUCCUUCCAUCUUGGCACUCUGACCCUCCCACCUGUUAGGAGGGUCAGCCUCAGGCCAUUUCCACACCUGACUUCUCUGAGAUGGGAAUAAAGACGCCAGUGUCCCGUA